UUAAUCACCUCUGGGUUUUUUUAUUUCUUGCUAAACAAACCAAAAACCACUGAAAAUUUUGAAAAAAAAAGUUUUAUCUUAGUUUUUGUUAUAACAUUUUGUAAAUAAGUGAUUUUGUUUCCUUCACUGAUGUGCGCUAAUGAGGCUGCAGUGAUGGGCACUGAUAGGCUGCACUGAUAGACACUGAUAGGUGGCACUGAUGAGGAGGCACUGGUAGGUGGCACUGAUAGCUGGCACUGAUGGACACUGACAGG